AUUUCUGAACGCAAAACAGGGGCGUAAAAUAAUCCGCCAUCUUGUUCCAGUGACAAUUUAAGAUUUAAUUUAGUUUUAAACCCGUCUUUUUUCAAUUAAUCCGAUAGUUAAAGUGAUAUUUUGUGAGCUGUGGUGUGUUUAAAAAGCCUGUGAUAUUUUUGUGUACAAUUAUUUUGUUUACUAUACGCAUAACUUGACAUUAUUAGUUGACCGAUUUUGACGUCGAAGGAACAACUAGUAAUAAUCAAAAUGGGUACAAGAGAGGACGAAUACGAUUAUUUAUUCAAAGUUGUUUUGAUUGGCGAUUCAGGAGCCGGAAAGAGCAGUCUCGUCUCACGUUUUACUAGAAAUGAAUUCAAUUUAGAAUCAAAAUCUACAAUAGGUGUGGAGUUUGCAACAAAAAGUAUAGAGGUGGACGGCAAAACCAUAACGGCCCAGAUAUGGGACACGGCGGGCCAGGAGAGGUAUCGCGCGAUGACGUCAGCGUACUACCGCGGCGCGGUGGGUGCACUACUGGUGUACGACAUCGCCAAGCAUCUCUCGUACGAGAACGUGGAGCGAUGGCUGCGCGAGCUGCGCGACCACGCCGACCAGAAUAUCCUCAUCAUGCUCGUGGGCAACAAGAGCGAUCUCAGGCACCUUAGGUCAGUCCCAACAGAAGAAGCGAAGGCGUUCGCGGAACGGAACGGGCUCUGUUUUAUUGAGACGUCCGCGCUCGACUCCACCAACGUAGAGCCGGCCUUCCAAAACAUAUUAACCGAGAUCUACAGGAUCGUAUCGCAGAAGCAAAUGCGCGACCCGCCCGAGGGUGACGUCAUCCGGCCCGACGCGGAGCCGGCCGACGUGCGGCCAUCAGGCGCCGACUCUGUGCGCAAGCUGUGCUGCCAGUAGUGCGAGAAGUCCAGUUAACUUUGGAGUGGAAGAGAGAAGUGAACGGAAUACAAACGCAAGUUAAUGAAUCAUUCCCAAACGCCACCAGCCGGCUCCACCUCUAACAAGCAAUACACACAGACAGACAUGUUGCCAGCACUUCAUAUACAACCUGCCAUUGUAACUACUACACUCGAGCAAGGUUUGAUCUAUACACGUUUCUAGUAAAAAUGCUAAGGCAGUUGUAAUACAAGUCUCUAAUAACCUAAAGAAUGA